ACAAGACAAAAUCAAACCAGACUUCAUGGUUUUACGUUUUCUUGCCUUGCUGGCUCCCAUCACUCGCCAUUCAUUGUUCUAGCUGUCCAAUUCACAUAGCCUCUGGGGUUGAUGCGCCAAAUUGUUCGGAGCACAUCGUUCCUGACAUAUGUACCUUGCUACACACUACCAGCCUAGGAGCUAGUCCAAAGGUAUCCUAGACCGACUGUUAACCACGACAAUCAUCAUCCCAACAGCUUCCCCAUUUCAGCGUUCGCUUGCCACCCUCAAGUGUACACGUCUGUACAGAUACUAGCUACAAGCCCAUAUGCAAAGCUCGAGUAUAGUACCUUAUCGUCCUGCCGCUUCGGAGCAUCCAAUGCCCGCCCCAAUUGGUGCACACCUGGGGUGACAUUUGCGCUUGACCCGAAUCAACACCUCGCGCUAUCGCCUCCAACUCCUAUACUUGUAUACAAAGACAAGCACAACACACACAUACACACACUCACACUAUAUAUAUACGGAGUCAGGUCCCAAUUCUCCAUCAUGCGAUCCCCUUCUCCAGAGGAGCCCCCCCAGCCGCCCCAAAUCCAUCAACACAAACCAUCUCGACACCACGCCUCCACGUCGACCUCAUCAACACCGGCCCUCAGCAAACCACGUCCACACUCUCUUCAAUUCUCCUUCCCACCCCUAUUCCAGACGAACGCCUCAUCGACGAGCCUGGUGCCCUCAACUGCAGAGGGAAAGCCUAUUCCUGUUGACAAUUCCACUGCUGAGCAUCGAACGUCAGCUCUUCGAGAGUUGAAUUCCAAUUUUCCCACUCGUCAUCGAUACGCACAGUCUACUGGUGCCCAGAGCAGUACCUAUUCGCAGCCUGUGAUCGUGCGAAGUUACUACGCCCCUGUACCAGCACAGCCUGCGGACAGAGGAGUCAUUGUUGUCAACGGUCGAGGGCACCGCUCAGCACUAUCAGAGAGUAGCGGCCCUUCAGCUUUCGUACGACGAGUGCUGCCUUUUGGUACAGGUUCUGCCUCGGUCCGGAAUGGAAUUAUGGGUACAAUGGCGAGAAACCGAACAAAGAAACGACUCGAGAAUGAACCAGAGGAGCCGAAACUUCCAUCUGUCGAAGCCUUCCGCUUCAAAAGCUUUAUGGCCAAUCUAGAAGACCAGAGUGGCGGUACUGAUAUAAAUGCUGAUCUGGACCGUAUCGCAGAGAUCUGUGCUAAGUCACGAUACUCUCUUAGCAACCAGUAUGAAGUUCAUUAUGCCCCCCAUGGCUCAGGCUCGUCUUUUAUGGCUCCAGCUAUCGAGAGCCAGGAGGCUCAGGGACCCACCCUUCAAGCUGUGUCAUCCGAUGAUGAGAGGAACAUCAAACGAUCUAGAAAACGACCGAUGGGCGUGAGGAGGAACAGCAGAGCCAUGGGAACAUUGGAGACCAUAAUGUCAUCGAGUAGAUCAUCGGAUGAGGAUAAAGCAAAGAAGAAGUCGGCUGCAGAGAUUGCCGAGGACGUUCGCGGCAGAGCCGCACAAAAAGGGUCCAGCGAACACGGAUCAUCGGUCUCGUCUGAAGGAGGAGCCAGCGAGAACGUGUUUCUGGAAGAGGAGGAUGUCAGACAACGGUCACCUCGUCCAAAACGGUCUGGUUCAUUGGCCCUUAUUGAUGGCAAUCGGCUGAGCAUGCACCUCAAUGAUUUGGAAUCGAGUCGACCCACGGCUGCUGGUCUUGUCAGUGAGCCUGCCUUACCUCAAACAUCCAGCAGCCAACUCGAAAUCCGAACAGCACCUGAGGUAACAAACAAAGACCAUCUUCCUGGUUUACCAAAGAAGUGUCUCGCAGCCACAGAAGGACUUGAUCAGCCGGUUGUCCAUGGCUCUAUAUCUGCAAUCGAGACAUCUAACCAAAGGAGCAAUUUGAUGUCCACGCUUAGUGGUUGGAUGAGUUGGCGUUCGUCUGAUACUUUGCCAACGACUAAGGGCCGUGCGGAGGGUAGUCUACGUGAGCUUCUGAAAACUCGAGAUAUCAAAGGAAAAGGUGUCGAGGCGGCGGCGUAUCAGUAACGAAGAAGAAGCUCAAACAAGAGGAACACAGCACUCUUGCUUAAAGACAUAUCCGCAUACUUAAAAAGGGCAGUUGGGUUGGGUAUCCACCCAAGAUUCAACGUCCAGCAAUGAUGUAACGAAUUACUCACGAUUUCACGAAGCCAAUAAUGAUAUGAUUAGGGAUGGGACAGAUACAGAGAAGUCAAAAGUUUGGGAUCGUAUGGUUUUCUCAGAUCGAGUUGCCUAUUGAAACUCCAAAAAAGGGUCGGCAACAGCAGCAAGAUAACAUUUGUACGAUAGGACUUCCUCAAUGACAAUCCAAGAUAGUAGGUAAGCUACAAUACCGUUGACUGGCAUGAGGAGUCUUAGGACUUGUCGCAUAUAAAUAGACCUCAAUGAUGCACUUAGCUGGCGGCGAUUGUCUUCCCUGAGGAUGGCUUAAUACACAUUAAUGGGCUUUCGCUGUCUAAUUUUCGCCCUUUGUCUUUGAUUCACUGUCUUGGUCAUUUCUAUAUAGCAACAAUACUUUGCCAUGCCUUCGUCAAAAAGGAAAUUCUGUCCCCCCUCUGUGACCACUGCCCAUCCUGCGCCAAUAGGCAGGAUGCAAAAAACAAGGCCAUGGAGCCGGCGAAACAAUCAGAAACCCAUGCCAGCGCCCAUGCAUUAUGCAUGCUUUAGGUUCCAACAUGAUAAGUUAUGAAGCCACUGAGACUCAAAAGAAACGAAGGAUGAGAUAUAAAAACAAAAACGCCAGUCCACUGAUUUGGUCGCCUUGGCCUGUACGGAGACGCCCAACAAGAGGAUGGGAAACGUCAGAUUGCCUAGAAGUCUCCUGCAGAUGGCGUAAUGCCGUCUAUGUUCGAAAAUACCAGGUGUGAAGCCGAGGAGUAAUCGUUUCGAGUUAUAGAUCAAGGUGUCAUGAAUAUUACGCUUCAGAGGUCGAAUUCGGUGGUGCGACUGCCGGCGUGGGCUUGUUGCCACCAUUCUUGUCAACCUGUAACCGCUUUGUGUCGCGCUGGUCGGUCCCUUCAUUAAUACGUUUCUUAUCUUUCUCUUUGUCCCGGCCGGCAUUCUCUUUAGCCAGCUUUUUAGCUUCUCUCUCGCGUCGAUCGUUUUCCUUCCUCAGGGCUUUAGACUCGAAUUCAUGCCAGUCAUUAUGUGUUGCGAGUCUACGGAUUGGUUAGUGAGUGAUGCUUGUCAUAUACAAGCUUGAUCAACUUACUCUGUAGCCUGGCGGGCUG